AUGAUUGCGGGCCACUGUUGCAAGCCAAGGCACAGGCGUCGGAAGUGGGAAAAGUUCCAUUUUUCCCGUGCGAAACUUCUGAAUCCGGUGCGAAAUGGGCAACUGCCUCAAAGGAUGCCUAUCCGACGACACCAAUGGAGGGAUGAGCCGAACACGGAUGAAUGCCAGUGAUAGUCAGUACGAGAUCCUGAUCGAGGGUAUGCAGUGCACGGAUGGCCACCAGGAAGGCGGUGGCAGCGGUGGCACUGGUGAUGAUGGUGAAUUGCAAGAAGCAAUAAAAAUCAAAUCAAAUCGUAAAUCAAACUUUUUCAACAAGUUCUGGACGAAAACGAAUGUGGACUACGCAAGACUGAACAAAGCAAAACACAAUAAUUUUUCGAAACGCGCUGUCACCGCUGGCGGAAACUCAAGUAAACAUAAUCAACAUCCAAGGACGGGAUUGGACAUUCAACUGCAGUGCCUCGAUGCACAUUCUUUGCUGCUCGUGUCGAAGGAUGGCCAUCGGAAAAACAACGGUUACAACGAUUUGCAAACGGACCAAACAUCCACGCCGGGCAGCUCGCUCGAUUUGGAGUGGGAAAAUGAUUACGGUUAUCAGCAAAGUCAGUGGUUAUCACAAGAGGACGAUCAAAUGGGAUCUUCGCAGCUGCAAAGCUUUCCUGCCUCGGUGCAGGAAUCGGUGUUUAAAAUCGAAGAGUGGUCUACACUCAAACGCAGCAAGGAUCGAAUCAAUGCCCUUCGCAAACUGGAUUACCAGCACCCGAUCACGCACCAGGCACAAAGCAGUCGAUCCCACUUAGUAUCCACAAACUCCCCCGGACCGGUAGACGUUGCUGGUUCACUCGAUUGCAUACAUCCAGUGCCGAGUUUUCGCCCAUUCCCAUCCUUUGAACAGCACACCGCGAGUCUCACAAGUGUGGACAGAAUGACGCACGGUGAGUCGUCGGACCUUUCACACAUAUCAUCAACACCGGAGGGGUCACUGGAAUGGGACAUCGAUCAGGAUCGACAGCUAAAGUCGGAGAAUGAAUCGUUGGAUUACGACACCAAGGAAUUGCUGCUGGAGAUUGAACAGCUAAAAAAUCGUGUACUCAACGAAACUGGUGCAACGCUGAAGGAUGAUUUGCCGAGCAGCUGAUCGGACAGUGGUAGGAAUGGGGAUGAUGUGGA